AAUCAUCAUGAAGCUGAUAAUCAUCGUUUCCAUUGGAUUGUUAUCUGUUGUUCAAUCAGUACCAACUAAUUAUCGAAAUUUAACCGAAAUCGAUACAACAAUGAUGCCCUUUAUAUUACACGGGGAUAUUGUCGAUCGGACUUCAAUCGAUUUUCCUUAUUAUGUUUCCGUUCAUUUCGUGGAGGAAUGUGAAGUACCUGAAUUUUAUUGUGGUGGAGCAAUUUUAGGUCCAAGUGUAAUCAUUUCGGCAGCUCAUUGUUUCGUCAACAAGGAUACUGACAAGAUAUUGAUCCGUCCAAAUUAUGAUAAUACGAUUGACUUUUUAUUGGCCUUGGAUUUACCAAUGUCAUUGAUUUAUUAUCAAGUUGAAAGCAUUUUAUGUAGACACCAACCUGGCCUAGUGGAUGAUAUAUGUUUGGUUUUCCUUCAAAAACCGAUACCGUAUUCUCAUCAUGUUCAACCGAUCAAAUUACCUGAACAAAGAUAUCCUGCUGGUACUGAAUUAACUGUCAUUGGCUGUGGUAGAACUGAACUUAGCUCUCGAUCGGCUCACCUUCGAAAAGCAAAUAUAAUCAUCAGAUCAAAUGUGAUCUGCGAACGAGAAUAUGUUCGUUUUAGUCGGGAAACACAAUUCUGUGCAAUUGGCUAUGGAAAUGCAGAUGCAUCUAAGGGCGAUUCGGGUGGACCUGCGGUUUUCGUUAACCCUGACAAGUCUCACGUUCUUGUGGGUAUCGUUUCAUAUAAGAAAGCCGAUUGGCAGCCUGGUGUUUGUGUCAAUGUUUGGCAUUAUAUUGAUUGGAUAAAGGAGAACAGUAGGAUUUUUUAAUAGAUUCAAGCAAAAUGUGAAAAUCUCCAAACAGAUUAAGGUGAAAACUUUUAAGCCAAAAACAAUAAACGGAUUAAUUUCAAUUGGAA